GCGAGACUCGGCCGGGCCGGCGCGGCGAGGCCGAGGCGCUCCGGGCCCUGCUCGAAGGAGCCGCAGCGGGGCCGCGGCCCGGCCGCGAAAUGGCGGAGAGCGACAGGGCGGAGGGCGCGGCUGCCGCGCCGCUGCGGGGGGCCGAGGAGGCCGCUGCCGCCAGCCAGCCGCCGCUUCAGCAGCAGCAACAACAGCAGCAGCCGCUACCACCACCACCACCACCACAACAGCCGCAGCAGCCGCCGCGGGCUGAGGAGGCGGCGGCGACAGCAACCGAGAGCGGCGGGGGCAGCGCAAAUGGCGUCAAAAUGGAGAAUGAUGAGACAGCAAAAGAAGAGAAAGCACCAGUGAAAGAGAAGUUUGCUGCAAAACCAAAGGCAAUCCCUUCUCUUGGAAACAAGAAUAGAUUCCACCCCUAUGCAAAGGAGAAGAAUGCGGGCAGUGGAGAGAAGAAGGCUGUUAAUCGUAAUCGAGUUUUCAUUAGCAACAUCCCAUAUGACAUGAAAUGGCAGGCUAUUAAAGAUCUUAUGAGAGAGAAAGUUGGUGAGGUUACAUACGUGGAGCUGUUUAAGGAUGCUGAAGGAAAAUCAAGGGGUUGUGGUGUGGUUGAAUUCAAAGAUGAAGAAUUUGUUAAGAAAGCAUUAGAAACUAUGAACAAGUACGAUCUUAAUGGAAGACCCCUGAAUAUUAAAGAGGAUCCUGAAGGUGAACAUGCCCGCAGGGCAUUGCAGCGUGUAGGAGGACAGUUUCCAGGAGGACAAGGACCUGAUAUGGCACCUGGAUUAAUGAAUUUACCACCUUCUAUUGUCAACAAUCCAAACAUUCCUCCUGAGGUUAUCAGUAACUUGCAGGCAGGCAGGCUUGGGUCCACUAUUUUUGUUGCUAAUCUUGACUUUAAAGUUGGCUGGAAGAAACUAAAGGAAGUAUUCAGCAUUGCUGGAACUGUAAAGCGUGCAGACAUCAAAGAAGAUAAAGAUGGCAAGAGUCGAGGAAUGGGAACAGUUACUUUUGAACAAGCAAUUGAAGCUGUUCAAGCAAUAUCUAUGUUCAAUGGACAAUUCCUGUUCGACAGACCCAUGCAUGUAAAAAUGGAUGACAAAUCAGUCCCUCAUGAAGAUUUCCGUGUUGCAGACAGCAAAGGUCCACAAUUACCUCGUGGCCUUGGUGGCAUUGGUAUGGGACUUGGACCAGGCGGACAGCCCAUCAGUGCAACACAGUUGAACAUGGGUGGUGGAAUGGGGAACAUGGGUCCAGGAGGUAUGGGAAUAGAUGGUCCUGGUUUUGGCGGAAUGAAUAGAAUGGGAGGCGGGCUUCCUGGAUUUCGUGGAAUGGAAGGAAUGGCUAAUAUGGGGGGAUUUGGAGUCAACCGAAUGGGAGAAAUGUUCCGUGGUGGAAUGGGAGGAAACAUGGAUAGAGAUUUUGGUCGUAGUGAGAUGCAGUUGAACCGUGGUUUUGGAGAUUCUUUUGGAAGAAUGGGUGGUGCAAUGAUUGGUGUUUUUGCAGGAGGAAUGGGAGCGCCUAGAAUGGGCCCAGUAGGAUCUGGAAUGAGUGGUGGAAUGGGUGGUAUGAACAAUAUGGCUGGAGGAAUGGGAAUGGGCAUGGAUCGGAUGAGUUCUGGUUUUGAUCGAAUGGGACCAGCUAUGGGUGGAGGCCCGGACAGGAACAUGGAUAUAGAUCGAGGAUUUGUGCCCGGCCCAAUGGGAAGUGGAAUGAGAGAGAGACUAGGCUCUAAAGGCAAUCAGAUAUUUGUGAGAAAUCUCCCUUUUGAUUUGACCUGGCAGAAACUGAAGGAGAAAUUCAGUCAGUGUGGUCAUGUAAUGUUUGCAGAAAUAAAAAUGGAGAAUGGAAAAUCAAAGGGCUGUGGAACAGUCAGAUUUGACUCGCCAGAAUCUGCUGAAAAGGCCUGUAGGAUAAUGAACGGCAUAAAAAUCAGUGGCAGAGAAAUUGAUGUACGCUUGGAUCGCAAUGCAUAAUUUAAAACUGUGUGUUCAGGAACAUUCCUAUGUCUGUUUAGCUUCUCUAUCCUAGUAAGUCAUUUUUAGUAACAUUGUAUGCUUACAAAAGCUGUAAAAAGGAACUUUUAAAUCCCACCAGCCUUUAACAGUAUAGUGUUUAAUAUACUGUGAUACUUGUUAACUGAAUCUUACGAUGUUUGGUUUUUAAAGACAAUUUGCCUGAUUUUUGUUGUUUUUUUUGGAGGCACUGAGCACCUGCAGGUCCCGUUAAACUAUGGGAACUUUGGAUGCUCAGCGCCUUUGGAAAAUUAGGCCAAGUGUCUCUAGUCAUUCAGUUUAAAUGAAUGGUUAUACUGUUUUUAAUAAAAUAAGCCAUUUUCUCUGUUAA